AUGCCAGGCAGGAAAAUUGUUCGCCACUUUAAGUGGCGAACAAUUCUUUCCGCCAAGCUGGCGCGCCACGAAUCUGCUCCCGUGGCUCGGCCGAGCUUGUUCGCCACUCAUAGUGGCGAACAAGCUGUGGAAGAUAGAGUUCGCCACCAUGGGUGGCGAACUCUCCCUUCUUCGCCACCAGGGGUGUCGAACAAGCUUGUUCGCCAGUAUGACUGGCGAACACUUUGCAUUCCCCAGAAUCUCAGUGAAAUGAUGCCAAGUCUGCGACUCUUAUCCCUCUCCAACAACUACUUGAAUGGUACCGUUCCAGCUACUUUAUGCAGGAUUGAAUCUUUACAAAUUCUUGAUCUUUCGAAUAAUCAUCUAUCAGGAAGAAUACCUUCAUGUUGGGGAAAUUUGCCAAGUUUAACUGUGAUUGAUUUUUCAAGUAAUAUGCUGAGUGGUGAUGUUCCAAUGUCCUUGGGUUCUCAAGAGUCGCUUGUUUCCCUGCAUUUGCAAAACAAUACUCUGCAAGGAAAGAUCCCAAUGUCAUUAAGGUAUCUAGAAUCCUUGGAGACUCUUGAUCUUAGCAUGAAUUCUUUUGAUGGUUUUAUUCCUUCAUGGAUAGGUGAGAGCCUAUCUUCUCUGAAAGUACUGAGUAUUCACUCUAAUAAAUUUGAAGGUGAUAUUCCUCUGCAGCUUUGCUACCUUGCUUCUCUUCGCAUAUUGAACUUGGCAAAUAACGUGAUGACUGGAACCAUACCUAAUUGUUUUGGCAAUUUUACUGCAAUUGCUCUGCAUGAGCAGAAAGGGCAUUGGGACUAUUACACUAAAGCUGAACCCUAUGUGGGUUUUGUAAGAGCUAGCUAUGGUGAGAAUGUGCAGGUUUAUGUCAAAGGAAUGGAGCUUGAAUAUAGUGGAACACUUCGAUUUCUGUAUUCCAUUGACCUUUCAGGAAAUAACUUUGUUGGAGAAAUUUCCCAGGAGUUGAUGAAUCUUUCAGGUCUACAGAACCUGAAUCUAUCUACAAACAAAUUGUUUGGACAUAUCCCUUGGAACAUUGGCAAGUUAAGCUCACUAGAAUCACUUGACUUGUCUGAAAAUGAACUUUCUGGCUCUAUUCCAUCCAAUGAUGCAGAUGAAUUGCCUAAAGGUCAUGAAAAAGGUGGCACUACGAGGAAAGAUGACUCUGAAAUGGUUUGGUUCUACGGUGGUAUGGGAAUGGGAUUUGCGGCUGGAUUUGUUGGAGUUUGUAGCAUCUUGUACUUCAACGACUCAUGGAGGUGUGCUUGGUUUGGGUUAGUUGACAGAGUCUGCAACAAGCUUUGGGUAACAAUUGCAAUUAAGGCAAAUCAAGUGAAGAGAAAGUUUCUCAGAAACAAAUUAGAAGGAAAUGCAUGA